AUGGCAGCUAUGAACCAGACACAGGUGACGGAGUUUGAGCUCCUGAGCUUUUCCCAGGGCCGGCCCCACCUCUUUGCUCUUUUCUUGGCCGUGUACCUGGCCACGCUGCUGGGGAACUCUGCGAUACUCUCCCUCGUGUCCCUGGACCCCCACCUCCACAGCCCCAUGUACUUCUUCCUUAGUCACCUGUCCUGCCUCGACCUUUGCUACUCCUCAGUGACGGUGCCCAAGAUCCUGGCAAACGCCCUGCGCCCGCGGGCGACCAUCUCCUACGGUGGCUGCCUGGCGCAGACCUUCUUCCUGAUGUGGUGUGCGGGGGCCGAGUGCGCGCUGCUGGCCCUCAUGGCCUACGACCGCCACGCCGCCGUGUGCCGGCCCCUGCGCUACGCCCAGGCCCUGAGCCCGGCCGCCUGUGCCGCGGCUGCCGCCGGCUGCUGGCUCUGGGGGCUGCUGGACUCGGCUGUGCACACCCUCCUGGCGGCCCGGCUCUCCUUUUGCGGGGCUGCCCGGCUCCAGCACAUCUUCUGCGACGUGCCGCCGCUGCUGGCGGCCAGCUGCAGCGACACCCGCCCCAACGAGCUGACCCUCCACGUCUCCAGCGUCUUUGUGGGACUCGGUCCCUUCCUGCUUGUCGUAAUCUCCUACCUUUACAUCCUGGCCACCAUCCUCGGGAUGCCGCUGGCCACCAGCCGGCGCAAGGCCUUCUCCACUUGCUCUGCGCACCUGCUCGUGGUCACCGUGUACUUCGUGACAGCCAACCUCAACUACAACCGGCGCAGCUCGGGCUCCUCGCCGGCAGCCGACAUUGUGGUCUCGGUGCUGUACUGCGUCCUCACGCCCAUGCUCAACCCGCUCAUCUACAGCCUGCGCAACCGGGAGGUGUGGGGGGCCCUGCGCAGGGCCGUGGGUGCCACGCCAGGCGCCCCAGGCCACAGCGCCUGAGCAGUGCUGGGGUGCACAGGCUGCCGACACAGCGCGGGCACUGCAGGGUCCCUCCCUGGGACGUUUGUGACAGCACAGCGAGCCUGGCGGCUCCCAGCCCACGCACA